AUGAGACCAAGCGCAUCAAGUGACGAGUUUGAAAAGCAAAACGUACUUAUCCAAACACAAGAGCAAUCUUUGGAUGAGGACUAUGAUUAUAGCGACCCAAAAAAUUACAGCACCAAUUACGUUGAUGAGUAUAACCCAAGGGGUUUGAGAGUUCCAACCAAAACUGAGGAACAGACGUUAAGAAGGGUUAUUGGUAAGAUCAACUACGCUAUCUUUCUCAUUUGUGUUGUUGAAUUUUCAGAGAGAGCUUCCUACUACUCAGUUACUGGUAUAUUGACAAACUUUAUUCAAAGACCUUUGCCCAAGGAUUCUCCACAUGGGUGGGGUGCCCCUGUAUCCGACAAUGGUAGUGAAAGUGCUGGUGCGUUGGAUAGAGGCUUGCAAGCAGCAAGUGCUUUGACAAACUUGGUCACAUUCUUGGCUUAUGUUGUGCCAUUGUUUGGCGGUUACUUGGCUGAUACCGCAUGGGGAAGAUGGAAAACUAUCCAAUGGGGAGUGGUCUUUGGUGGUAUUUCUCACGUUUUGUUCAUCAUUGCUGCUGCUCCAAGUGUCAUUGCUAAUGGAAAAGCUGGGUUGGCGCUUUGUAUUCUUGCUAUUUUCACAUUGGCUUUUGGAUCUGGUUUCAUCAAACCAAAUCUUUUGCCAUUGAUGUUAGAUCAGUAUCCCGAAUCAGGAAAUAGAGUAAAGGUAUUGAAAAGCGGCGAAAAGGUCCUCGUGGAUAGAGAAAAGACAUUGGAGAGUGUCACUUUGAUUUUCUAUUGGGCUAUCAACAUUGGAGCAUUCUUUCAGUUGGCAACAUCCUACUGUGAGAGACGUGUUGGUUUCUGGCUUGCUUUCUUUGUCCCUUUGGUACUCUAUCUUUUCAUGCCAAUUGCAUUUUGGUUGGUUAAACCAAAGUUGGUUUUCGAAAAACCUAGUGGGUCAAUCAUCGGUAUGGUGCUCAAGAUCCUUGUUGUCUCCUUUUCGGGUAAUUUUGUCAAACGUACCUUCGAUGGUUCUUUUUGGGAAUAUGCUAAGCCAUCCGUUAUGAGAGCAAGGGGCCGUGAAGACUUCAGAAAGGGAUCUCCCAUUAAUUGGACUGAUCAACAUGUUCUUGAUGUCAAGCAAACUUUAGAUGCUUGCAAGUUGUUCAUCUAUUUUAUCUUUUAUAACUUAGCAGACAGUGGGUUAGGUUCAGUAGAAACAUCCUUGGCAGGUGCAAUGAAUUUGAAUGGUGUUCCAAAUGAUUUGUUCAGCAACUUUAACCCACUUGCAAUCAUUGUCGUCAUUCCUGUUUUGGAUUAUAUCGUUUAUCCCCUUUUGAGAAGAUUUCGUAUUAAUUUCAGACCAAUUCAAAGAGUGUUUCUCGGAUUUGUUAUUGCUGCUAUGUCGCAAGUUGCUGGAGCUGUUUUGCAACACCGUGUCUACCAAACAUCGCCAUGUGGCAGCUAUUCUACGAACUGUCCCGAACCAUCACCAAUCAGUGCUUGGCAAGCAUCUUCAGUGUAUAUCUUGUCGGGUGCAUCUGAAUGUUUUGCUAUGGCCACGAUUUAUGCCCUUGCUUACACCAGAGCUGCUCCUUCGAUGAAAGGACUUACAACCGCAUUAUUCCUUUUCACAAUGGCCAUUAGUGCCGCUAUCUCCUUAGCAGUAACCCCAGCAUUGAAAGACCCUUAUUUGGUAGUAGUGUUUGCAGUAGUGGGUGGUGUCGCUUUCUUGGCUGGUGUUUUGUUGUUUGUGCAUUUCUUCAAUUUGCACAAGACUAUGGAACAAGAAGAAAAGGAGAGAAUUGCUAUGGGGCAAGAAACACCUGAGAGCACCAAGUUGGAAGAGUUAGAACCAGUUAGUAGCGUUUAUCCGCCAUUGGAUGUAGUCACCUCUAAGUCAUAA